ACGAGUAUAUAGCCGCUGUUGAAUUCCUUCCGCCGUAUCAAUGGUAUACCGGAUGUGCCUCGUCUCAUCCUAGGGGACAGAGCCAGAAAACUGAAAUACCACCGAGUAGGGCAGGAAUAUGGGAUUAUGGUUAUGUAUAGAGAAGUAGGUAUGAAGGCUGGAACUUGGAAGAUGAGUCUAACCAUAUUAGGACUAUCACCGCCCAGACUAUUGGCAAGAUGCUCACAUGACAGACGGCGUUUGAUUCGCUACACGGCCUGCCCUAACCCACCCACAGUGCUAAGCGAAGCGCACCUCCAUUUUCCCUUGUCGAAGAAACAUUUCAGCCGACCGAUCGCCAACCAACGAAACCGUCCGACACACCUCACGAAUCCGUCCCUCGACAACAGGUGCAUACGGAGCCAAAAUGUCUGAACACGGUGAAGUCGAGGUCGAUAUCCCCGCCGGGGUUUACGACUCCCUGCCCAAGGAUGCUCUCGCGGAGAUGGGAACCGUGAAGCUUUUCAACAAGUGGAGUUACGAGGAUGUUGAGAUCAGGGACAUCUCCUUGACCGACUACAUCCAGAUCCGCUCUCCCGUCUACCUGCCUCACACCGCUGGCCGCUACGCCGCCAAGCGCUUCCGCAAGGCUCAGUGCCCCAUCAUCGAGCGCCUCACCAACUCUAUCAUGAUGAACGGCCGCAACAACGGAAAGAAGCUCAUGGCUGUUCGCAUUGUUGCCCACGCUUUCGAGAUCAUCCACAUCAUGACCGACCAGAACCCCCUCCAGGUCGCCGUCGAUGCUAUUGUCAACUGCGGUCCCCGUGAAGACAGCACUCGUAUCGGUUCCGCUGGUACCGUCCGUCGCCAGGCCGUCGAUGUCUCUCCUCUCCGCCGUGUCAACCAGUCCAUCGCUCUCCUGACCAUCGGUGCCCGUGAGGCCUCUUUCCGCAACAUCAAGAGCAUCGCUGAGUGCCUUGCUGAGGAGCUUAUCAACGCCGCCAAGGGCAGCUCCAACUCCUACGCUAUCAAGAAGAAGGACGAGCUUGAGCGUGUGGCUAAGAGCAACCGGUAAAACGGUUUUGUUGGGUGUAUUCUCCGUUUAUGGUCCUAUUUCAUGCUUACUGGAGUGGACGGGGAGUUUCUGGGAUUCAGUCGUUUUGCAAACGUCUGCACGGCUGUAUAUACCUGCACAGUCACGAAAGGGAGUGAGAUCCAAAAAAUAUGAGAGAAUCGGACGGCUUUCCUCCAGUAGUUUGGAUGCGACCACGAACAUCCCUAUUAAACGAAAAUUUAUUCCCUUUUCUGUCUAACCAAGUUAUCAUUUCUGAAAUCCCAAUGAAAAUGAUACAGUAGAAUAAUAAACUCAAGAAGU